AUGAGUCAGCGGACGCAGCGCCGGGGGGGGAUUCACGUGGACCAGUCGGACCUGCUGUGCAAUAAGGGAUGCGGUUACUAUGGCAACGCGGCUUGGCAGGGCCUGUGCUCUAAGUGCUGGAGGGAGGAGUACCAGCGGGUACGACAGAAACAGAUCCAGGACGACUGGGCCUUGGCAGAAAAGUUGCAGCGGGAGGAGGAGGCCGCGUAUGCCAGUAGUCAGGGAUCACAGACACAGUCCACAGCAGCACAGCCCCCCCCGGGGCACGCCUCUCUGGGACCCUUCUCCAAGUUUGAGGAGAAGAAGACCAACGAGAAGACACGGAAAGUGACCACUGUUAAGAAGUUCUUCAGCCCUUCGUCACGCACUGCUACCAAGAAAGAAAACCAAGAGGGCAAGACGCCCAGUCCGUCAAUCAGCCGUCACGCCAGCUUCGAGACGGACCAGGUGUCCAAAGACUUUGUGGACUUUCUGAAAAACCUCCAGAAGCCCGGCCGGGAAAUCCAUAAGCAGUGCCGAGCCUUCAUCGUCAGCAUGUCAAACAAGAAGGAUCUGGGCGCUGACGAGCUGUCGGAGUGCGUUCAGGAUUUCUACCAAAACUUGGCCGACCGCUUGAUGGGUCCCUUUAAAGGCUCGUCAGAGUCUGUGGAGCAGGUGAUGGACCAGGUGGAGAAGUACAUAAUGACUCGUCUGUAUAAGAGCGUGUUCUGCCCAGAAACCACUGACGAUGAGAAGAAAGACUUGGCCACACAGAGCAGGAUAAGGGCGUUGCACUGGGUCACCAUCCAGAUGCUGUGCGUGUCGAUGGAUGAAGAGAUCCCCGAGGUCUCGGAGAAUGUGGUCAAAGCAAUCACAGACAUCAUCGAGAUGGACUCGAAGAGGGUUCCUCGGGACAAACUCGGGUGCAUCACGCACUGCAGUAAGCAGAUCUUCAGCGCCAUCCGGACCACCAAGAACGAGCCGGCCUCGGCUGACGACUUUCUCCCCGCGCUCAUUUACAUCGUGCUCAAAGCUAACCCUCCUCGACUUCAGUCCAACAUCCAGUACAUCACCCGCUUCUGUAACCCCAGCAGGCUGAUGAGCGGAGAGGAUGGAUACUACUUCACCAACCUGUGCUGUGCAGUGGCCUUCAUCGAGAAGUUGGACGCCCAGUCUCUCAACCUUUCCCCAGAGGAAUUUGAGCGCUACAUGUCCGGCCAAGCCUCGCCUCGAUGCAGCAGCUCGGAGGGAGACCGGGCCCACGGCGACCCGGCACCGACCGCCACCAACCCGGCCCUGGCCCAGCUCAAUCGCAACCUGGAGGUGCUGUCGGGCCUCAGCAGCCGGCAGGAGUCGCUGAUGGAGGCCGCUCGCAGCCUGCAGGCCGACCUCCUGGCCUGGCCCCAGAGCGUGCAGCGGGAGGUCAACGGCAUCCUGGAGAAAUACCCGCUCGAGGUUCUGUCUCGCACCGUUUCCGCCAUCGAUGCCAACAACGUGGACAAUGACAACCUGCCACCGCCCCUCACGCCCCAGGUGUUUGCUGGGUAGUGGACGGAAAUCUCACAAGCAACGACGGUACUCCUGCUUUGAAAAGGCAGCUUUUUGAGUUUGAUGGUAACAUCCCAUACGCACUGAUUUGCUGAAUAGUUUGGAGCUUCUUCUGCACUUUAAACGACGCCCGGUCGCACCAGAAUUUGUAAAAGAUAAAUUUUGCAGCAAAAUCGGAUAAUUUUUAUGAAAUCGCAGCGAUUAUAGGGGGCAAAAUAAAUCUGCAUGAAUCCCACUGAUCAAAUGCAAGUUGUAUGGACAGUGUAGAGUUUCGAGUCUGAGAAUCGGAGAGAGUCCAAAAUGACAAUAAUGCAGCUUAUUAAUUGUGUUCAGCGCUCAAAAGUAAUCUGUACAAUUUUGAGGUGCUUGUAGAUUACUUGAACAUUUCAUUUUAUGCCACUUUGACACUUAUACUAUUCUGUAUAUGUCACUACAUUUUAGAGGAAGUAUUGUCCUUUUUACUCCACCUAAUUUAUUUGGUAAACUUAGUUAAUUAUUGCAGAUUAAGAUUAAUAACACAAAAUAUUAUCAACUCAACAAAUAUUACGCUGAUUAUUACAGGUUAAAGUACCCAGCUAUAAUUAAA